AUGUCCGCGCAGUUCCAACGUUUGAAGUUUGGUGGUCGUGCGGUGGUGAUCACUUUCAAGCCCCGUGAAGAGCAGGUCUUGGAAGAUUGGCUGCGGCAGAACGAGGACGGCUGGGCAUCUCCACUGUCCUCCAUGGUGUCUCCGGAUCGCCUGGGACAGCUCUUCCCACUGCUCUCCACGGUCCAACCCUACAGCGCUCGGCGCCUGGGGCCACCCUUGCGACCGCAAGCGAUGGAGCUGCGACGGAACAGUCGAGCCCGGAGCGCCAUGGUGCACUGCUUCGUCAAGGAGCAGCGGCGGCCACCCUUUCAGAGGUUAAGCAGAACUGUGGUGUUGGAGUCUCCAUCCAAGACCAAACCUGGAGAUUGGUUGUGCCGUUCGGUUGUGUAUCGUGCCGUGCUGAAAACAUGGCAGGGCAACAGAUCUGUCAGAGAUGUGGUCUUGCACGCCCUUCCUGGCAAGUCCCGUGUGGGCAAAAAGCGGCACUGCGGCACUGUGCGUCACAAGCUACGGCGAGAUCUCUUCGGCACUGGGGCGACCGUGGACACCACGUCUGGUGGGACAGGCGUUGGGCAAAUCAUCGCCUUGAAGAAGAAUCCCUAUGCGCCCACAGUGCCAUGCCACCGAGUGGUGAAAGCUGACCGCUCAUUGGGCGGCUACUUUGGCGCCACGUCCCUGGAAGAUGAGAAGAUGAAGACCAAGGUUCAGCUCCUGGAAUCCGAGGGCGUCCAGUUCCAAAACGCUGGCGCCGUUGCAGCCGAGUCCUUCUGGCGCUUUCCAAAGGAUGUGGACCUGGAGGCAGUGGAACUUCCACCGACAAAGCAUCGCAGGACCAGUGAUGAGCUUGCUGAAGGAGAUGUCAAACCAGCAGAAAAGGGUCUGGUGCGGCUCACAUCAGGGACUACUGUUUCGAACGCCAUGGCCAUGUGA